AUGAAGAUCCCGUUGUUGGCCGACAAGAACGGAAAGGUGUGUCAGGACUACGGCGUGUAUUUGGAAGACGCGGGCAUUCCGUUGAGAGGGCUGUUCAUAAUCGACGACAAGCAAAACUUGCGUCAAAUCACGAUCAAUGACCUGCCGGUGGGCCGUAAUGUGGACGAGGCGUUGCGUUUGGUGCAGGCCUUCCAGUUCACUGACGUUCACGGAGAGGUCUGUCCCGUCGGCUGGAAACCCGGUUCCGACACCAUUAAGCCCGAAGUGAAGGCCAGCAAAGAGUUUUUCGGCAAACAGUAG